UAAUUCUUAAAUUUCUUAAAUUUUAAUAAUCAACAAAAUGGAACAAUUACCAGAUAACUUAAUUGCAGAAACUUUUACAAAGCAUGAAAAAUGUCUCACCGACGAAGAAAAACAACAACUUAUCACACAAAACAAUCGUCUGGUGCCUGAAUUCAAAGCAAAUCAACUCGAACUAAAUGCACAACGAAAUUGGGAUCUUUUUUACAAACGCAAUGAGACACGUUUUUUCAAAGAUCGCCGCUGGACAACAAGAGAAUUCGAAGAACUCCUCUCCGAAUCAGGAAACACACAGAAAACCCUCUUCGAAGUUGGCUGUGGUGUUGGCAAUUUGAUAUUUCCUCUAAUUGAAGAGAAUCACAAUAAUUACUUUUACUAUGCUUGUGAUUUCUCUCCUCGUGCUGUUGAGUUUGUCAAAUCGAAUCCGUUCUAUGAUUCUACCAAAAUGAAAGCUUUUCAAUGUGACAUUACAACAGACGUUGUAUUUGAACAUAUUCCAGAAGGAAGUCUCGAUAUUGUUACCAUGAUAUUUGUUCUAUCAGCAAUUCAUCCCGAUAAAUUUUUGAAAGUUGUCCAAAAUCUAUGGCGACUCUUGAAACCAGGUGGUGUUAUUCUAUUUCGAGAUUAUGGUCUCUAUGAUAUGGCACAGUUGAGAUUUAAACCUGGACACAAAAUUGGUGAAAAUUUGUACAUGAGACAAGAUGGUACAAGAAGUUAUUACUUUGCUGAGCGGGAAUUAUCUGAUUUGUUUAGCAAUCAUGGGUUUGAAGUUGUUAACAAUUCGUAUGUACACAGAAGAACCAUUAACCCAAAGGAGAAUAUUGACGUACCUCGGAUAUUUAUUCAGGGUAAAUUUAAGAAACUUGCAACAACUGAUUGAUGUUGGAAUAAAAGUUAUUUUCU